GUAGAGUACACCCAGGCUCUCUAUGAGACAGCCUGAGAGUGGGAGAGAUCAAGAAAAAAAAAAAAAAAUAGGACAGCGCCGCAAAACAAACGAAGAGACAAAGGCAAAGCCUGGGACUCAACAAAAGAGAUGGAUAUGUUCAGUUUCUAAAAAUUAAUGAAGCACCGGAAGAGCAAAAAGGGUGGAUAACUCAUCUCAUAAACAACAGUUUCUCUUGAUGCCACGUGGAUGUAAGACAAUGUGGAAACAAAGGAGUGAAAGCGUGCACCGAUAAGUUGUAUUGCUUCGCAACUGAGGAAAAUAAUUUUAGGGGGUUUUGUUUAUUUAUUUCAGAACUGAAAAGAGAGUGCUGAUUUCUUCAGAAAUUACAUGUUACAGCUUGUAAGUAAUGACUCAAAAAUUAUUUUUAUUAAGCAAACAGAUUGCAUCUCUGAGCUGCCAUCAGUGCAACACUCAGCACACACUUAUUUUAACCGAGCUGGACAGAAUGCUGACGUCCUUGAAGAUCUUAUCCAAGUCUGCAGCAGCCAACCAAAUCGUCUUUUAAGGCCAUAAUUCAAAAGCGACGACUAGAAGACAACACAAACUUUUAAGAUUAAUGAGUACAGAAUUGGUUAUAUCGGUUUGGGGCAUGGGGCAGAAGUUGCAACAGUCCAUUGGCUCCUGAACUUGUAAAUGUCCCUGCGAUGGUGAUGAGAGCUAUGACACUGGGAUGUCUGGAGUAAACUCUGAUAUUUGAGUGUGCUUCAGAUCCCAUUUUGCAAAUCCUGCCCAAACCACUGUGUUCUUAAUGUGUGGGCAUCUACCCCUGUAGCACUCUGGCUGCUCAACCAAACUCCAGCAGCAUCCUGACGCCACAAUGUUGUGUGCUCAGGGUGUGGCCGCCAAUCUGAUGCUUAGCUCGCUCCUGUUGCACUUGGCCAGAGCUAGCCUACCUGUCGGCUGCCUUAAAGUAUCAGACAUCCUAAGCUGCAGCAAUCUAGAACUGAAGUGGAUACCAAAAGACUUGCCGGUAACGGCCGCCACCUUGGAUUUCAACCAUAACCAUCUGACCAAGCUAGAGGAAGGUAGCUUCGCUGGACUUCCCCAUCUCGUAACCUUGCGGCUGGCGCACAACCACCUGAGCAACCUCUUCCCUGGAACCUUUCAAAACAUGAGCGGUCUGCGCCACCUUGACCUUUCCUCAAAUCAGCUGAGCAAAGUGGAUAAUCAUUACUUUCAAGAGCUUGUGGGAAUAGAGGAAUUGCUUCUCUUCAAUAAUCAUAUUGUUAGAGUGGAAAGCAAAGCAUUGAUCAGCCUGAGCAACCUGCACAAGGUCUACCUCAGCCAUAAUCGUCUGACCGACUUUCCAUUCUUUUCCAUUCAGGAGCACAGCCAUCCUUUUCUUGUUACAGUGGACCUAAGUUCCAAUCGUAUGCCCAAGCUACCUGUUGAGGACAUUUCAGCUCUGCCAGCUUCAGUUCAAGGUGGUUUGUUCUUGCACAACAACAGUCUGAUCUGCGAGUGUGCAAUGUAUAGCAUGUUUAAGCAAUGGGAGCAAAAAAACUUUACCUCAGUUAAGGAUUACCAAGUGGAGCAUACAUGCUUAGUAUAUGGGGAACCUCGUGCCUUGGUGCAGUUUCUUGAACACACUCGCUUCUUUGAAAACUGCACUGUUAAGGAACAGAACCAGUUAGCAGAAACGGAGAGCAAUUUGAAAGUAGAGGCCGGAAAAUCAGUGUUGCUGGAUUGUAAGACUUCACUGACGGGGCAGCAUCUCACCUUCCACUGGGUAUCCCCUCAUAAGAAAUACAUUGCCCCACCGGAUGACAAUGAUGGGAUGCGAAUGUAUGCAAAUGGCAGUCUGGAAAUUACUGCAGCACGAGUGGAGGACUCCGGUGUGUACUGGUGCAUGGCAUUGGACCGCCAACAUUUACGGAACGAGACAUGGGAGGUAAACAUCACAGUGAGGAUGAGUUCCCAUGAGCCAGAGCCAUUCAACACCGGCUUUACUACUCUGUUGGGAUGUGUGGUUAGUCUGGUUCUGGUUCUUAUUUACCUUUAUCUGACACCCUGCCGUUGCUGGUGCCGCAAGCAGCCACUACCUGCAACACCCAGUCCUGCAAAUGAAUGCAGUGCCCAAUCUUCGAUUUUGACGCCUACACCACCAGCCACCACGGAGGGUCCCGGCCGCAAGGUCAGUAACAACAAGCAUGUGGUCUUUCUGGAGCCCAUCAAGGAGAUACAAAAUGGGAGGCCCAAAGAGGCACUGAUCUCCGAGAAUCCGAAAGUGCAAGUACUACGAAACAAUCCUGACUCUUUCAACUCUGUCUUUUCAGACACCACUAUAGUGGCAUAGCAUGAGGUUGCCCUCAUCCCCAAUCCUUCAUUCCACUAAAAUAGUGGGUCUUUCAAUGUGGCAGUCUGCAACUUCUGCUGCCUCUCAGGACAGAGCAGGGAGUGGGCUUGACAAGCCAAACAGCAAGACAGGGAACAUAGCAAAACCAGGAAAGCAAAGAGUUGAAAGUAAAAAUGGCAUAGGACAGGUAAGAAAACAGAUGUAGCCAAACACUGCCCUGAAUAUUUAGAUGGAAAUGUGCUACAGGGAAAGGUAUGCAUGAUGCUUUGGAUGCCCUUUAACCCUGCUUGACCGCCUUGAAAGAAUGACAGCUGUACAGUAGAUGCCUUGUUAGGAGCUUCUAUGCCUCUGCUUUGUACUGUAACCCAUUACUCUACAGAAAUAGCACAAGUAUUAUAGAGGAUGGAAUGUGGUAGUCAUUAAUUUUUUAACAAGAAGUCUAAAAUGUUAAAAACUAAUUUGAUCUAUAUCUCAUUUUCUACUUCUACCUUAUAGGCAUUAGGCAUUUCGUGCGAGUGUGAAAAAGGCUGAAGGGAAUCAUUUACAUAUUGUAAAUGUUUUGGGUCGAUCUGUUUCCACCACCCUUCCACAUCCCCCACUUCCCCCACCCUUAAACAAAUGCCUUCUUUAUCUUAAUAAACCAUUGUGCUUCGACUCCAGAGGUAAAUGCCUUCCUUCAUUAUUGAUAAAGAUUAGGAUUAUGGAUAAACUGAAUAUUUACAUGUCGGCUGUUUCACUGUUUUUUCUAAUGACUGCAACACCACUGUACGCAAGCAUAUGAAUGC